CUCAUCUUAUAACCCAUCUAAAGAAGAAGACUUGACCAAGGGCCAUGACAUGGCUUGGAAUGAAAGAAAAUAUAAUCUCAUUAAGCUAAACAAACAUGUUGAAAAGUGGAAAGUACUUCGGACAUCUUCUUUUCAACGUUUAGUCAUAGCAGCUGCGUUGUGGGGCCUUGGGACUUUGAUUACGAGCCUAACAUCACUUAAAAAGCUUUUUACUAAAGAAGAAAAAAAGAAUAAUAAAUAUGAAGAGAAAUUUAAUGAUUCUGUUGUUAGCAAUUCAAAAAAAAAUUGUCCAAAAAGAUUAGAUUCUUCACAAUCAUCACCUUUACUAUUUGUAAAAGCACUUAUCAAGCAUAUAAAU